AUGCUAGCCGGUGGCCACCCACACGAUCGUUGGGUUAUUCUCGCCGGUCUCAGCAAGUCCAAGAAGCGUGAGCGGACUCCAAAGCGUGCGUCCCCGAUGUCCCUGUUGAUGCUGACGAAGGUCAUUACAUUCUUGGAGUCGAAUUCGAUGUUCAACGAAACCAUGCGGCUGUGGUUUUCUGCGGUUUGUUCUCUCAGCUUCUAUGGUAUGUGCCGUAUCAACGAAGUCUUGCUCAUGAAGAAGGGCGACAUUCAGCUUGGUCUCAAACGAAAAUCGCGCGUUAAUGACAGCGACAUCGAGUUUGGCUGUUUCACUAUUCGUGACCGGAAGACAGAUCAUGAUCCCCUCACAAGUCGAACCUACUCACUCCAUCAUCUCACGAAGGAAGAGCGGGCAGCUGAAGCAUUGACUUUUCUUGGAUAG